UCGAGAGAGUGGAAGUAGCAAAACAACUCUAAACGAAAGUAGGCCACUUACUUUUUUGUAAGCUUUGUUAUCAAGUGGUUGGUAUUUACGGUAAGGUCGUUGAAAUGGGCUCUCAGAGCUUCACAGUAAUGGCAGCCUCUUUACUUUUUAUGGCCGCAGUAGUAUUAUUAAGUACAGAUUUUGUCCAAGCAACGACAGACUAUGAUUGCAAGCAGCGGAAUGCUAGCUGUUAUGUAUGUACGGAGAUGUCAGCUUGCUACUGGUGCUCGCCUUCGAAGGAGUGCAGAAAAUAUCCACUAAAAUCUGUGGUGCCCAGUGGAUGUACCAAGCACCAGUGGUACUAUAAACAGUGCACUGUAGCAGGUUAUUGGUUGAUCAUUGUAAUACCGUGCGUUGGAAUUUUCUUACUGCUUUGCCUCGGUUGCUGCAUCUGGUGCUGUUGUUGUAGGGAAUCAAGAGCGAAGAAGGAAGAACGUUUCAGGUUGGAAGAUGCCAGACUAAACAAGGACAAAGAUCGCAGAAAAGCAGCGCAAGCUCAAAGGAAGUCAGACAGGCAGGAAAAAGUUGAUGAGAUACGGAAAAAAUAUGGAUUGUAUCAACAUGAGCCAACCUACACGAAACUGCAAGAGAUGGAAUAGAAAUAUGACGACGACAAACAAACGGAACAUUCUAAAGAAAAUCCUAGUGGAUGCGUUUUCGACACACAGUAAUUUUGUAAGAUUUUUCCAUCCAUUACAUGAUAUUGUAUACAUAAAUUUGUCUUAUAUUUGAUUUAUAACAUAGUUAGCACUAAAUUUCUGACCAAUACUACUUAACCUAUUGCUAGUACCCCGUGUUUUAUAUCUGAAAUCCUCAAAGUGUGUUAAUAACAACCAAAUUUCGCACAGUUGUUUGUAUCAAUCAUAAAACUAUUAAAUCUUAAAUGCAAAGCUGAUGAUAAGUAUUCACGAUAGAAAUAGUUUUAGAUAGAAUAAAUUAUCUUUUCAGCAAAAAGAACUUUAAACUUUGAUUCCCAAAAAAACAAUUGCAGAUCAGGUUUCUAUGUUUAUUUUGUGCAGGAGUGGUAAGCAGGUGCAGAAAAACUUUCUUGAUGCUCAUAAAGCCAAAAGUAAACAUGCUAUUAUCUACUUUUUGUUAUUAUGAUUUGUUAUAGACAUUAAUCUAUAUAAACCUUCAUGCUCUAACAAAUUUUCUUCUUGUUGAAUUUUAGUGAUAAUUUUGAGUAUAGUCAAUAUUUAACUUUAACCAUGUUGAAAUGGCCAAAAUGCUUGAUGUCAAAAGAUAAUAUAAUGGUUAUUUAGAAA